UUACAAGCGGUAUCCUCGUUAACUCAUGAUGACUUUCUUUCUACGUACAAAUCAAGCACGCAGGCAAAUUAAACACAUAUAGUAUUUCACACUGAAUAAAAAAAUGGGUGAGGAAGUGAGCAACACACAAAUAAUAUUCAAUGGUUACAUAGAUGGAUUUCCGACAGAAUCAGCAAUGACUGUGAAAGCCUCCACUAUCAAACUCCAGGUGCCCAACGGUUGCAACGACGACGUUUUGGUGAAGUCUCUCUACUUAUCCUGCGAUCCUUACAUGCGCAGCUGCAUGAGCAAAAUCGACGACAACUAUAUUCCCAUUUUUACACCUGGCUUGCCAAUACAAGGAAAAGGAGUGGCCAAAGUAGUGGAUUCUUCUAAUCCCAACUACAAGAAAGGUGAGUGAUUUGUGGUAUGUUUGGAUGGGAAGAAUAGAGUCUUGUGAAAUCCACCGACAUUCUUUUCAAGAUUGAGAUGUUCCUCUCCCCUACUACACUGGAAUUCUGGGUCAGUUUAAUUCUUCAAUAUUCCAAUUUUAUAUGGUAAA